AUGGCUACGUCGACUAGCUUCUUGUGCAGUAGAACCCCGGCAAAAUGGGCUUCAAAACGCUCAUCACCUUCAUUUGGCUUCCAACAACCCAUUCGAAACGUCCCAACGGCAGCAAUAAUGAAACUAAGCUUUCCAGUAACACCAAAAGCAGAAGACGACGUCGAUUUAAAUGUUCCCGGCAGUGGACUUGAACCCCAGAUAGAAGAACAGGAGGAGGUCCAAGGCAUUGAGAGAGGGAGAGAAAGUAGCAUUGAGGCACCGCUCAACGUGAGUGGUAUCUACCAGAAUGGAGACCCACUCGGGCGGAAGGAUAUGGAGCCGAUUGAGUUCUUGGUUAGCCAUGGUCAGGCUCAACAAGAACUCUGUGACACUAUUUGUAAUUUAAAUGCCAUCAGUACAUCUACAGGAUUGGGAGGAAUGCAUUUGGUUUUAUUCAAGGUUGAAGGGAACCACCGGUUACCACCUACUACACUUUCACCUGGAGACAUGGUUUGUGUGAGAACAUGUGAUAACAGGGGCACAGUCACAACCUCUUGCCUGCAAGGCUUUGUUAACAAUCUUGGGGAUGACGGCUGUAGUAUCAGUGUUGCUUUAGAGUCACGCUAUGGUGAUCCCACAUUCUCUAAACUCUUUGGGAAGAGUGUGCGUAUUGACCGAAUCCAAGGACUGGCCGAUACUCUUACCUAUGAGCGCAACUGUGAAGCCUUAAUGCUGCUUCAGAAGAAUGUUCUACGAAAGAAGAAUCCUUCUAUUGCUGUUGUGGCUACACUGUUUGGAGACAGGGAAGAUUUUGCUUGGCUUGAGAAAAAUCAUAUAGGUGAUUGGGGUGAAGAAAACAUAAACGGACUGUUAGGAAGUGAAAGCUUUGAUAAUUCCCAGCAAAGAGCAAUAGCACUAGGUAAUAAAAAUAAAAAUAGGCCUGUAUUGGUUAUCCAAGGGCCUCCUGGUACAGGGAAGACAGGUUUGCUCAAGCAACUUAUAGCAUAUGCUGUUCAGCGAGGUGAAAGGGUUCUUGUAACAGCACCUACUAAUGCAGCUAUUGAUAACAUGGUGGAAAAGCUUUCAAAUAUUGGAUUAAACAUUGUGCGGGUUGGCAACCCUGCUCGUAUAUCAAAAACUGUGGGUUCAAAGUCUCUAGGAGAAAUUGUAAAUGCUAAGCUUGGAAGUUUUCGAGCUGAGUAUGAAAGGAAGAAGUCAGAUCUAAGGAGAGAUCUUAGAUAUUGCUUAAAAGAUGAUUCAUUAGCAGCUGGCAUACGUCAACUUCUGAAACAGUUGGGAAGGUCACUGAAGAGGAAGGAAAAGGAAACUAUGAACGAGGUGCUAUCUAAUGCUCAAGUUGUGCUUGCCACAAAUACUGGUUCAGCUGAUCCAUUGAUUCGAAAGCUAGAUGCUUUUGACUUGGUUGUUAUAGAUGAAGCUGGACAGGCAAUUGAACCUUCUUGCUGGAUUCCCAUAUUGCAGGGAAAGCGUUGCAUUCUUGCUGGUGAUCAAUGCCAACUUGCUCCAGUCAUAUUAUCUAGAAAGGCUUUGGAAGGAGGUCUUGGAAUAUCAUUACUGGAGAGGGCUACAACUUUGCAUGAAGGGGUUCUCACCACAAGCUUAACAAUACAAUACCGUAUGAAUGAUGCAAUUGCUAGUUGGGCAUCAAAGGAGAUGUAUGGUGGACUAUUGAAGUCCUCUGAGAAUGUCUUUUAUCAUCUUCUUGUGGACUCUCCUUUUGUCAAGCCUACAUGGAUAACACAGUGUCCUCUGUUGUUGCUCGAUACAAGAAUGCCAUAUGGAAGUCUGUCAAUUGGUUGCGAAGAGCAUCUAGACCCAGCUGGAACAGGUUCAUUUUAUAAUGAAGGAGAAGCUGAUAUUGUUGUGCAGCAUGUCUUUUCCUUAAUUUGUGCUGGUGUCAACCCAACAGCUAUUAUGGUGCAAUCUCCUUAUGUUGCUCAAGUACAACUUUUGAGGGACAUGCUGGAUGAGCUGCCAGAGGCUGCUGGUACUGAGGUUGCAACAAUUGAUAGCUUUCAAGGACGGGAAGCAGAUGCAGUAAUUAUAUCCAUGGUACGUUCAAAUGCUUUAGGUGCUGUUGGAUUCCUAGGUGAUAGCAGAAGAAUCAAUGUUGCCAUCACGAGGGCACGCAAACAUGUAGCAGUGGUAUGUGACAGCUCCACAGUUUGCCAUAAUACCUUCUUAGCAAGACUUCUACGUCACAUCCGGCAUUUCGGUAGGGUGAAACAUGCAGAACCCGGUCGUUCUGGAGGUUCCGGGCUGGGCAUGAAUCCAAUGUUACCCUCCGUUAAUUAGUGUUCCGAUUUCUGACGCUGCUACUGCGUGCUGAUGCUUCGUGAUUGUUUCUGAUGUUGCUUUCGAUAUCAGUAUUGAUCAUGCAUUGUUUGGCCUUUCAUCGGUCAGCGUAGAAUGUAAAGUAUGGCAAUUAUGAACUCAAUUGAAAUUCAUAUAAAUUAAAUCAUUUUAUCAACUGCCUUCUGCAAACAUCAGGGGGAGUUGCGCUGAAACAACGUGUUAAUUAGACUGUACCUCAUGAUUUAAGGUGAACUGUACUAUUCAUAACAUAUAAAAUAGAUCUUCAGUAAUAUUGUAUA